UUUAUGAUGAGAAGCAGUGGGGGGAAAGGAAAUUGGGAUAAAAUUACAGAAGAUAGAUUAAAAAGCGAUGAGUCUUUUGUGCAAAUCUUUACAGAUGGAUCAAAGGAACUGGUAGGGGGAAAAACCGGUUUUGCAUUUGUAAUACCACUUAUAGGAGUAGUAGUUAGGGAAAGAACUCUAGAUCAUUUAUCUGUGUACACAGUGGAGAUGUUAGCUAUCUUAUUUAGUCUUCAAUGGAUGGAACAAAAUAGAAUUAAAAAAGGAAUUAUAUGUUAUGACUCAUUAUCUGUAUUAGUGUCAGUUAAAUUAAUGUCUACCAAGAGUCGAAUAGAUGUAUUAUAUUAAAUAUAUGAGACCAUAUUUAGAUUAAGGAAAUUGGGUACGGAAGUUAAAUUUUUAUGGGUACCGGCACAUAGAGGAGUAGAAGGAAACGAAAUGGCAGAUUAUUUUGCAAAAAAGGCAACAAGAGAGAGAGAAAUAAUUAAUAUUGCAUAUAGUGCCGCUGAAAUUAAAUUAAAUCAUUAAAGCACAUGUAAUGGAAGAGUGGCAAAGAAUGUGGGAAAGGGAAGAGAAAGGAAGACAUUUAUUUCAGAUACAAGGGAAAGUAGGAAAAUGGAAAAAUAUAAGAAUGAAUAGUAGAGAUCAAAGAAUAAUAUCAAGAUUGAGAAUGGGACAUACUGGGCUUAAUAAUACGAUGCAUCUGAUAGGGAAACAUCCCACAGGUUUGUGUGGAUGUGGGGUGGGGGUAGAAACAGUGGAACAUGUUUUAUGUGACUGCAUAAAAUAUGAGGAAAGUAGAGGACAACUCAGGGAGAAAUUAAAAAACAUAGGAGGUGGAGUGAUAAAUGUAAAGAAUUUGUUGAAUGGUGAAGAAAGGAAAUAUAAGUUGGUUAUUGAGUAUCUAAAACACUGUGGUUUGUUGAACAGAAUUUAGUUUUUUUUUACGCUCUUACUCCGACUCACCCUCCAGCACAGUAGGUGGUGGAAAUGCGCCUAGAAGUUGGGUGCCACCCGCCAUUAAACACGAAGAAGAAGAUGCACCACUAAGAGGGGAGCAUUGGUGUCUGCAAAGUUGCUAGCGCGAGUGAAAGCCCAUUGAAACAAGAAGCUCUGUAUCUAUCGUUUAUUUCCUACCUUUUAACCUGGGACUCCGCUUGGGAUGUUUGGACCGACCGCUGCGUACAACGACACUCUGCUAACAGGCGGCGUUCCCGUUUUCAAACUAAAUUGCCCCUUUUAGCGUGUGUGCGCCUUUUAGCCAUUUCCUGAAUCGUCGCGAACGGAACCUAACUUCAGCCUCGUGGACAAGAGGAAGGAACAGAAAAAGAAGAAGACCGUUAGCAACUUUAGUUUAUUGUUUAGCCUUGUGAGGUGAAUAUUAAACAUGUAUUCAGGAGAGUCUCUGAUGGAGUUUGUCACCAGGCAAGUAGCUACUGCUAGAGAAAUCAUCGCGAAGGUUCAAGAAGCCAUGGCCCCGUUCGAGGAAGGGCUCGGUGGCCAGCGCAGACUGUCGGAUAUGAGCUGGAAACCACAGAGCAGCUCACACAGGGCAGAUCUUCCACAGCAUCAUGUCUGUGAAAAGGAGAAGGAUUUGACUGUCCAGCAGCUCUUUAACCAGGAGUUGAUCUCCUGUUCAGACCAGGAAGAACCAGAACAGCUAAAACUUUUCCAACAUGAAGGGCAGCUCCUGAACCAGGAAAAUCUUACCUUCACGGAUACUCCUCUGUCUGAAGAAACAAAAUGUCAUGAACCAGAACCAAACAGGAACCAGCCAUUGUGUCAGAGUUCUACAGAACCUGAGAACCAAGAUCGGGGUGGAUGCAGAAAAGAAAACUCAGAAUCAAACGGUAGUGAAGAACUGAAACUGAAUAAAAGACGUCAGCGAAGCAAAGAACACAGAGAAAGUGUAGGUGGUGAAAUACUUAAAAAAAAGAGGGCUCACAGAGGUGAGAGACCAUUUUAUUGUAAGCUCUGUGGAAAAUCUUUCAGUCGCAAAUCUGAUUUAAAUACUCACAUGAGAGCUCACACAGGUGAGAAGCCAUAUCCAUGUAAAACUUGUGGUAAAUGUUUUACUCUCAGUGGUAACUUGACUGCACACAUGAGAACUCACACAGGUGAGAAGCCAUAUCCAUGUAAAACUUGUGGUAAAUUUUUUACUAACAGUGGUCACUUGACUGCACACAUGAGAACUCACACAGGUGAGAAGCCAUAUCCAUGUAAAACUUGUGGUAAAUUUUUUAAUAACAGUAGUCACUUGACUGCACACAUGAGAACUCACACAGGUGAGAAGCCAUAUCCAUGUAAAACUUGUGGUAAAUGUUUUGUUAACAGUGAUAGCUUGACUAAACACAGGAGAACUCACACAGGUGAGAAGCCAUAUCCAUGUAAAACUUGUGGUCAAUGUUUUAGAGACAGUGGUGGCUUGACUGCACACAUGAGAACUCACACAGGUGAGAAGCCAUAUCCAUGUAAAACUUGUGGUCAAUGUUUUAGAGACAGUGGUAGCUUGACUGCACACAUGAGAACUCACACAGGUGAGAAGCCAUAUCCAUGUAAAACUUGUGGUAAAUGUUUUACUAUCAGUGGUAACUUGACUGCACACAUGAGAACUCACACAGGUGAGAAGCCAUAUCCAUGUAAAACUUGUGGUAAAUGUUUUACUAACAGUUGUAGCUUGACUAAACACAUGAGAACUCACACAGGUGAGAAGCCAUAUCCAUGUAAAACUUGUGGUAAAUGUUUUAGAGACAGUGGUAGCUUGACUACACACAUGAGAACUCACACAGGUGAGAAGCCAUAUCCAUGUAAAACUUGUGGUAAAUGUUUUACUAACAGUAGUAACUUGACUGCGCACAUGAGAACUCACACAGGUGAGAAGCCAUAUCCAUGUAAAACUUGUGGUAAAUGUUUUACGAACAGUGGUAGCUUGACUGCACACAUGAGAACUCACACAGGUGAGAAGCCAUAUCCAUGUAAAACUUGUGGUAAACGUUUUAUUAUCAGUGGUAACUUGACUGCACACAUGAGAACUCACACAGGUGAGAAGCCAUAUCCAUGUAAAACUUGUGGUAAAUGUUUUACUGACAGUGGUAGCUUGACUAUACACAUGAGAACUCACACAGGUGAGAAGCCAUAUCCAUGUAAAACUUGUGGUAAAUGUUUUACUAACAGUAGUAGCUUGACUAGACACAUAAGAACUCACACAGGUGAGAAUUGAUUUCAUCUUCUAUGAGAUUCAUUUUCUUUACCUUCUGAUUUGAAAAUUCACACUUGAGAUUGUAUUCAUAAAAAUAUGUUUAGCAACAUCAUAGAUGCCUUCAAGUGCUCAAGGCAUGGGUGGAGACUUAUUUCAUCCACACUUCCUGUUAGAAAAACGCUUUUGAAAAGUAAUUAUCUCACAACAUCACAUUUUGUAGCUUGUCUUAGGAAUGUAGAUGUGAUUGAGCACAUGUGCACGUGAUUUCAGACACGGGUGGUCUGUGAUGUCACAAGCACAUGUGGGCGGGUCAAAAGCGCAGAGAAGUCCGCAGUGUCCAUUAUUAAACAAAAGCAGCCUAAGUAGUCUUGCUUUUGGACACUUUCUGACUUUCAUAUUGCAUCCUGCUUUGCUGGGUCUGGCAGGUGUGUGUGUGUGUGUGUGAGAGAGAGAGUGCGCGCGCCUCACAGCAGUGAGGGACAGAAAAAAACAGCUUUUGUGAGAGGCUUCUUAACUCCACAGCAUCAACGAUAAUGAAUCACACCUAAGGGAAGCCUCCAGCAGGCUGAUUCCCGCCGCCAAUCGGAGUUGGUAAUGGUAGGCAUGCUUUUGAGUUAGCCAAUCAGUCAGCAGUGGGCGUGUCGGCCCUGUUCAGCUCCAGAUGGACCUACUUGGGAAGAGGGCUGGAAAGACAUCUGGAGAGAAAAAACUCCUAACCCAUGCCAUUAUUUUACCCAGAUCUUUAACUUGUGGUCACAUCUGCCUUAAAAAUGUUCUUGCUUUAUACCAGUGUCCCUCAAUAGGCGGUCUGGACCUGGCCUGACAACCUCCCAAUUUUUCAAUUCUACUCUGCUCGGUCAGCGAGCACAUUGCUUGUCAUGUGGAUGAGGGGCAGUGGCCAGAUAAAAACGAGCAGAUGCAGCACAUUCGUUUAUUAAUUCAUUUUUUUCUUUAUUUGUUUUAGCUUAACUAUUAAUUAUAGUCUUCUGUUUGUAUAUGUAGACCACUGCAUAGGCAACUCUGUGUUGGUUUGGAUGAACUCUGUUUUGUGUUAAAACACACUAAAGUAUAUUUUGUAACGUGUUUGUGAGUUUUGUACACAAACAUUCUGAAAUAUUUAAUGCACUGUCGUAGUACAGUUAGUGUAACACUGAACACAAUAAGUCGUUAUGAUGACUGGAGAAGUGGUCAUAAUGUUUUACACAUCAGAGUUAAUCUGGUUCUUAUAAUUGUUUACUCAUGUGAUGGUUUGCGUGUCAUUUGGAAACCAAAGACCAUUUUGAGAAGAAUGCGUGUGUUUUUGGAUUCGCGUGUAGAGCUCCAAAAAUAUGUUGCAUGCUUUAAAAAAACGUGAAUAAACAACUGUGAAGACCUGUAA